ACAAUCAUGACUUGAAGGAUGUCCGAACCUCUAGUUGAGUGACCACAACUUGAUCAAAUAUUUACAGUGUGUAAGGCUGUAUAAAGCAUCUCGAUAAGCCAAAUGCUGAGUAUUACUACACUGACACGCAGGCCAAAGAAACCCAAACUCAUGUCCGACAAUGAUAAGAGGAACUCGAGAAGCCUGGUUUCUGACCUUUCUUAUAACCAGGUGCUGGAAGUCGACCCAAAAAAUGAAGCAAUCUCUAUGAUGGGUAUGCUGAAGCGGGAUGAGGAAGCUCUCACGGAACACAUUAAGGAUUUAAUAAAAUAUAGAAAAGAUUAUGCAAAGACAGUGUUCACAACAGAUGUUGAAGGUUGGACACCUUUUCAUGCAUUUGCCUUGCGUGGCUGUCGGAAACUUGUUAAACUUAGUUUGAAGGCAGGCGUUGAGGUGGAUAUGGAAAUGGGACAACCGGACGGACUUCCCGGCGGUUGUUCCGCACUGCACUUAGCCUCUCACCGUGGUGACGUCAGCAUAAUUGACAUUCUCCUCGCCAAUGGCGCUGCUGUAAACAAGAAAGACAACACAGAAAGGACACCAAUUUUCUAUGCAUCACGAGCUAAUAACACGCUCGCUGUGAAAAAACUCGCACGUGCAGGUGCUGACGUCAGUUUGUGUGACCCGGAGCACAAAGCUUCAGUUGACGGCAUUCCUUCCUCACCAUUCUGCUUUCUUCCGUUUGUUGGACAAAGGCGGAAAUCAGAAAAACAGUAACCACCGGUAAUAGUCACGUGACAUGCUGUGUUUUUACAAUCAUGUGUAAACAAUUGUAUAGAAAUUUAAAUGUUAAAACUUGAACAUGAUAAGUGUGCGAGAUGUGAUACACCAGAUUUGUCCUAUCAA